AUGGAUAGUAGUAAAAUGGAACUCUUUUUCGAAAUAUUGCGUCGUAAAACGCAUAUUUUUUGCGAUGUGAAGGAAAAUGCAACAGUUUUGGAAAUUAAGAAAAUAAUUGAAGGUAUCCUAAAGGAUCGUCAAACUCUUACCGAAUGCGGUUAUACUCCUCAGAAUUCUCGUGCCCAAGCACCGGCGCCGCUAGCACUUGUUGUUGCUAACGAGGAAGAGGACGUUAUCAUUGAGCCGCUAUCAAUUCCACCACCUGUACCAGAUGCAAUGAGGCCUGAACAAGCCGCUACGAAUGAACAAUGA